AUGACUAUCUCCAUCGACGCAUCUAAGCACCUCGUUAAGGCAGUCACUGUAUUCAGCUCUUGCAAAGCGGAGGUCGUCCGCACCUUCACCGUAGACCUUGAAGGAGGACAAAACGAGCUCUCCAUCACGAGUCUCUCGUCUUGCAUAGAUACCGACUCUGCACGCAUCACCGGACUCGGAGACGCGAUGCUUUCUGAUGUAAUAUGCACUAUCAUCGAUGCGCGUGAUAUACCUCCGAGCUCGGACGGUGACGUGCUGGAGGCCCUUGAACGUCGUCGCGAAAUGCUAGAGGGCGAGAAGAAACUGUGCAGCAAAGCGUCAGAUAUGCUAGCGCAAUACGGGCGCUCUAUGGCAGCCGAGUACACCACUCCGGAUACUGUAACUUUGUUCGCAGAUAGCCUCGUUCAGCGCGGCGCAAAGUCGCUUGAAGAAGCUAAGGCAUUAGACGAGCAGAUCGCAGACUUAGACAAAGAGCUUGAGAAAGAAAGGCGAAGGUUGCAGAAGGAACGGCAGAAACCUGCAGCUCGUGGUCGCGUCACGGCCGUCAUCGUGGCUAAGCGCGCUCGCAAAAUUGAAGUAACAUUUACCUAUGUUGUGAGCAAUGCAUCGUGGUCCCCGUCCUAUGACUUGCGCGCUAUCACGGAGGAUGGCAAGCAUUCCCAUACUGUCUCUCUACACUAUUGCGCGUCCAUCCAGCAGAAUACUGGCGAGGACUGGCGCGACACAGCAAUCUCCGUCAGCACUGCAAUUCCGGGAACGUGGUCAUCCAUUCCCUCUAGGCGGGUCAUGAAGAUCAGCCCAGGACAAAGCACGCUAGCUGUCAGCAAGAACGUGGAUGCAAGGAAAGCAAAAGUACUUUGCCAACAUAAUGUGCGGACAGCCCUUCCCUCUCGUCUCGAUACUGUUCCCUUUCGCUGGUGGCGUGCGGCUGCAGCGGCUUAUGGACAUGAAGUUGAUAGCAUUCUUCCGCUGGCGUCCAGUGGUUAUGAUUGGCAAUCUGUUGGGCCUCAAUUUUAUGAAGCUAUUCUAGAAUCAGAAGCUGCCGUUGCAAGUGACCACAACGAUGCUACUUGGGCUGAAACAAAGACGAUCGUGACUGAAAGUUCUGUGGUUAGCUCUUUCCGGAUUGACGGAAACUGCACAGUCUCUAGCGCACUGACGGCACACAGAGUCGCUAUUGCUCUUUUGUCCUUUGAUGUGAAGGUGAACUAUAUCUCGGUUCCGCGAUCGACACCCAUGUCGUUCCUACAGUGCGAAGUCAAGAACACCAGCCAGUAUCGCUUGCUUCCAGGCUCUGUGAAUGUAUUCUUGGACAAUAGUCCAGUAUCAAAGACCACUAUAAAUAUUCGUACUGCUCUCUUUACAUUUACUAUACCGUUUCUAAUACGCAUAUAUACACAAAUAAAGGACAUCAACCCAGAUGAAAUUUUCAUGUGUACGCUCGGACCAGAUCCUGCUUUGCGUAUUAAGUGUACUCGUAUGCCACCGAUUGUUACCACUUCUGGUUCUUUGUACGUUGCACAGACGAAAAUUACGACGUACAAAAUUUGUACUAUCAUCCAGAACGGACAUAGCUUCCCUGUAACGAGAUUGGUGGUUCAUGACGCCGCCCCUAGUACUGGAGAGACGACGGACAACAAGGAAAUUAAAGUUGUAGUUAAACUCCCCGAAGGCCUGGCCGAGGCUGCGCCUGAUGCGGUUGUUGACGUUCCAAACGCGUCCGUACCUGGAAAGUCUUCAGUAAAGGUGCAUUGGGAGCGGAAGAGCGGUGUGAAGGAGGCAAAUUAUGUCUGGUUGGUGGACUUAGGUCCUGGAGAAGAAGUCAAUCUGGAAGCUGAGUACAAGGUACGCGCGCCCGAGGACUAUGUGUGGCACAUGCUCGAGGAACACUUCAGUUGA